AUGAGCAGACAGCUAUUGCAAAGCAGGAUGCAGCAGGAAUAUCGGAAUGUUUGCGUCCUUCUGCCCAACAGAGAGCAACUCGGUGUAACCGUCGGGGUAAAAGCCACCGGACAGGAGCUCUUCCAGCAAGUUUGUGACUUAGUGAAGAUUAAAGACCCUCACUUCUUUGGCCUCAGUAUUGUUAAAAACAAUGAAUAUGUAUUUAUGGACCUGGAGCAGAAGCUUAGCAAAUACUUCUCGAAGGAAUGGAAGAAAGAGACGAGCAAAGGGACAGAGAAGUUCACCCCUCCUUUUGUUGCCUUCUUCAGAGUACAGUACUACGUAGAAAAUGGAAGGGCCAUAAGUGACAUGGCAGCGCGGCACCUGUACUACUGCCAUCUCAAGGAGCAGGUGUUGAGGUCUCGGUGCCUCCACAAAGAAGAAAUCUACUUCCUGCUGGCUGCGUACGGUUUACAGGCUGACUUGGGCAACUAUACGGAGAAUGUCCAUGUUGGGAAAUAUUUUGAACCUCAAGCCUAUUUCCCACAGUGGAUAAUUGCAAAGAGGGGGAGUGACUAUAUCUUGAAGCAUGCUCCAGAGAUGCACCAAGAACAGCAAGGUCUGACCACUAAAGAUGCAAUCCUGAAGUUCAUUAAGGAGUCCUGUUUGCUGGAAGAUGUACCUGUCCAUUAUUACAGAUUACAGAAGGAUAAGAAGGAAGAUCGCCCAACAGUUGUCCUGGGCCUCACCCUUAAAGGAAUUCACAUCUAUCAGGAGGUAAACCACGUCAGCCAGCUGCUCUAUGACUUCCCCUGGUCACACAUUGGGAAACUCGCGUUUCUGGGGAAAAAAUUUGAGAUCCAGCCGGACGGUUUGCCCUCUGCCCGGAAGCUGGUGUACUACACGGGUUGCCCUUUCCGGUCACGACACUUGCUGCAGCUCCUGAGCAACAGCCACCGACUCUUUCUGAACAUCCAGCCGGUGCUGAAGCAUGUCCGAAAGCUGGAGGAGGCAGAAGAGAAGAAGCGUUAUCGGGAAUCCUACAUCAGUGACACUCUGGAGAUGGACCUUGACCCCUCGGAUAAGCAUUCCCACGGCAGUGGAAGCAGUGGGGGCAGCCGGAGGAACAAUCGACUAUCUCGUCAAUCAACUGGGAGCCACGGCAGCUCGCACACGUCUGGUAUUGAGGCAGAUUCGAGGCACAGGAUGUCAGUGGAAAUGUCAGUGGAUGAGCCCUUCGGUAUCGAUCGGGUUCAUCGGAAGGAGAAAUCAUGCAGCUCGACCGUUAGCUAUGGCAGCUCUGGCAUUGACAGUGGUGGCAAAGGGAGAGCUGAAGAUGACUCUCAGGAUGACGAGGUUGAGCUGGCAGUGGAUGAGCCGGAGGAGGUGCCUGUGGAUGAGCCUGUAGAGAGAAACCAGUUGGAGGAGGCAGCUGAAGGAGAGUCUGUCAGUUCUCUUGCUUUAGAUGCACUUUGCUGUCAAGCCCUUAAGCAGAAGCCUCUCUCUGUGGUACAAGUCACACUGAUAAAAAUGAGAGGCCAAAGUGUGGAAUCUCUUCAUCAGGUGAGACAGCCUAAAGACAGGAGCUGCGCAGACCAGCACAGCCAGAGUUUGGAUGACAUCCGUCUUUACAAGCAUCGGCAUCCACCGCUAAGCUCCACAUUAUCUUCGGACACCUCCCACAGCUACACAUUUGGUUGUGCACUGGAGGAUAAGCUGGCCAACUACGGCUGCAUUUAUUCAACAGCAGACUGCAAAACCAAGUCCGCCCUCUAUGGAAAGAGAUCCAUGAACUGCCUGUCUCUGGAUCUCUUGGGAGAAGACCAGCUGCCGGAGGAGUUUGUGGUGUAG